AUGAGAUUCGUGUUCUUACUUUUAAUCGUCGUGGUCUUGAUGAUCUUGAUAAACGAUACAAAUGCUUCGCCACUUCCGUUGCGAACAACUUCAUCUCCCUUUCACAGGGUAGGAGAAAGCGGUGGAUUUCUCCAUGCAAUCAAAUCAGCAGGUCGUUCAUUUGCACAUUCUGUCACAAGCAGUUUCAAGAGAUUUGGAGAUAGAUAUGCAGCAGCAUCAAGAGAGCAUGCCGCCAGUAGAUAUACACCUCAUUCAUUUUCAGGCCCUGAUGCAAGAUUUAUGAGUACUGCACAAUAUCUAUAA